AAGAGAGGAAUCAACCCUUUCCUGUCAGCUGUAGGUUUAUCAGCAGGAAAAUGUGAAAUAAUUAAGACACACAUCUCAUAUUAAGUCACAUCGUACUGGAUGAACAACAACAACAAACAUUUACGAAUUAAGCGUGCUCAGUUGUGAGGCCGUAAACUGGACACAGUGAAGUUGUUUUGGCUCUGGACAAGCUUAACAUGUGUGCUUCAGUGAAGUAUGGCUCUCGGGGCCCUGUGCUCAUCCCCCGCAUGAAGACUAAGCACAGGAUCUAUUACAUAAGCCUCUUUUCUGUGGUUUUACUGGGGCUGAUCGCAACAGGGAUGUUCCAGUUCUGGCCUCAUUCCAUUGAGUCCUCAGCAGAAUGGAGCCUGGACCGCCGCAGUGUCCAUGAUGCACCUUUGGUCAGGAUACCUGGGAGCAGCCCUAUUCCAGAGAGGGGUGACCUGAGCUGUCGAAUGCACACUUGCUUUGAUGUGUAUCGUUGUGGAUAUAAUCCCAAGAAUAAAAUCAAGGUGUACAUCUACCCUCUUCAGCGAUUUGUGGAUGAAGAAGGGGUCCCCAUUAGCAGCACUGGCCUGUCACGAGAAUACAAUGAUCUGCUGAGUGCUAUCUCGGACAGUGACUUCUACACUGAUGAUGUGUCCAGAGCGUGCCUGUUUAUACCCUCCAUUGAUGUGCUGAAUCAGAAUUCUCUGCGGAUUCGGGAGACUGCUCAGGCUCUAGCCAUGUUACCACGUUGGGACAAAGGCAUGAACCACUUACUGUUUAACAUGCUUCCUGGAGGACCACCUGACUACAACACAGCUCUGGAUGUACCCAGAGACAGAGCUCUGUUGGCUGGGGGAGGCUUCUCCACAUGGACUUACAGACAGGGUUACGAUGUCAGUCUCCCCGUGUACAGCCCCUUAUCUGCUGAAGUGGAUCUUCCUGAGAGGCAACCAGGGCCGCGUCGCUACUUCAUUCUAUCAUCUCAGACAGCCAUCCAUAGGGAAUACCAUUUGGAACUUGAGAGGCUGAAGGAGGAAAAUGGGGAGGCCUUGCUCCUCCUAGACAAAUGCAGUAACCUAUCUCAGGGAUUGGCAUCAGUCAGAAAACGCUGCUACAAGGGCCAGGUCUUCGACUACCCACAGAUCCUACAGGAGUCAUCAUUCUGUGUGGUUUUGCGUGGGGCCCGUCUUGGUCAGGCCACUCUCAGUGACGUGCUACAGGCUGGAUGUGUCCCUGUCAUCAUGGCCGAUUCUUACAUUCUACCUUUCUCUGAAGUGCUGGACUGGAAAAGGGCAUCUGUUGUGAUUCCAGAAGAAAAGCUGCCAGAGAUGUAUACGAUUUUAAAGAGUAUCCCUCACAGACAGGUGGAGGAGAUGCAGAGACAGGCCCGCUGGUUCUGGGAAGCUUAUUUCAGCUCCAUGAAGGCUAUUGGCAUGACGACACUCCAUAUUAUUAACGAUCGCAUCUACCCAUAUGCAGCUCGCACCUAUGAAGAAUGGAACAAUCCUCUUAUUAUUAAAUGGUCAAGUGUGAACAGCCCGCUUUUCCUUCCCCUCAUACCACCACGCUCACCUGGGUUCACUGCUGUGGUGUUGACCUAUGAUCGAAUCGAGAGCCUCUUUAGGGUCAUUACUGAGAUCUCCAAGGUGCCCAGUUUGGGCAAGCUACUGGUGGUGUGGAACAACCAGAACAAGAGCCCUCCUGAAGAGUCACUGUGGCCCAAAGUUGCAGUACCUCUUAAAGUGGUCCGCACCAAAGAAAACAAGCUCAGCAAUCGCUUCUUCCCGUUUGAUGAGAUUGAGACAGAAGCUGUGCUGGCCAUCGAUGAUGACAUUAUCAUGUUGACGUCGGAUGAGCUGCAGUUUGGAUAUGAGGUAUGGCGUGAGUUCCCUGACAGGUUGGUUGGAUAUCCUGGGCGGCUCCAUUUAUGGGACCAUGAGAUGGGCAAGUGGAAAUAUGAAUCUGAAUGGACCAAUGAAGUAUCCAUGGUGUUGACUGGAGCUGCGUUCUAUCAUAAGUACUUCAACUAUCUUUACACAUAUAAGAUGCCUGGAGAUAUCAAGAACUGGGUGGAUGCUCAUAUGAACUGUGAGGAUAUUGCCAUGAAUUUCCUUGUGGCCAACAUCACUGGCAAAGCCCCAAUAAAGGUUACUCCUCGUAAGAAAUUCAAGUGCCCGGAGUGCACAGCGAUCGAUGGUUUGUCUUUGGACCAGACACACAUGGUGGAAAGGUCGGAGUGCAUAAACAAGUUUGCCUCAGUGUUUGGCACCAUGCCCCUAAAGGUUGUUGAGCAUCGUGCUGAUCCUGUCCUCUAUAAAGAUGACUUCCCAGAGAAACUCAAAAGUUUUCCCAACAUUGGUAGUCUGUGACACUACCAUGGCUUUGUCCCACCAUUUCUAUCUCUCAGCCCAGACUAUAGGCCCUCUUUCUCACUCUGCAUCUGACUUAAAUACUUAAAGUGGAGUGCUGUUGGGUGGUGCUGUAAUAGGAACUUAAGUACUGUAAAAAAUUAUUGUCAUGUUUUAGUCUUGAGAACGGUUGCUGAAACUGGAUGCAGUAAGGUGAGUUUUGAAUGAAGACACGUCAGAAUCUGUAUCUGUAUGUCCAUCAUAGCCUAAAGACACAACUAAUGGAUGUCUAUUUAUGGAUUAUACCAUAUCUGUUUGAGGAAAGAGGCAGGAUAGAGGUAUAUUACACCCCACUGACGAACAGUAAUUUAACUUCUGUAGUUAGACUUAUUGUUUUUUCCAAGGAUAUGCAUUAUACUGAACAUAACAUGAUCUGAAUUGAAUAUUGGACAUAUUUGGAUGGGCAAUUAGUUGUACAUGAUGUUGUUAUGCACAGUGACUGUUAGUGAUUUUAAUUCUACAGUUUGAUUUAUAUCAGUUGGACAUUUCAUUUUUGUAUUCAGUUGCUGACUUUUUAAGUGUUGCUGUAAAAAAGUAUUUUAUAUAAAUGUUCCUCUAUUUAAUUCACAUUUUCUGUUUCUCUUUAAAGGUUUGACAUAUUAAUGCAUAUAUUAAAAGACACUAUUUGCAGAGUUAUUUACAUCUGAGAACAAUGGGGUUAAUAUACCAUGAUAUUGCAAAAAACUUAAAUCCUUAAUUUGUAUUUAGUUAUCACAUUUCAUUUUUACAUUUUCCAUAAUUCUUCCUUUCCCGUUGUUUUGUGUGUGUGUGUUUGUUUUUGUUUUUUUACAGUAAGAUUUGUUAUGUGUAAUAAACACAGUGGAUAA